UUAAUAUAUACUUAUUAUGAUAAUAUUUUGAUGAUUUGUUGAUUUUACAACAUUAUCGAUAUUAAAUUUUGAAAGAGUAUGCGGUGCUUGUUGAUUGACAUUAAGUAUGUUAUUGUGUCGUUUAUGUGGUACAUAUCUUCAAGACGGAAGGCUUAAAAAUAUAUUUGAAGAUUCUACAGAUCUUAAACAAAAGAUAUUAGAUACAUUACCAAUUAAAAUAUCUCCGUUAGACAAUGGUUCAAAGUUUAUAUGUUCGUCCUGUCACGAUAAAGUUAUUCUUUAUCAUCAAUUUAUUCAAGAAGUUAUAAAAUACGAGAAACAAUUAAAUCAUGAAGAUAAUCAUCGUUACGAUUUAAUAAACAACGAAAAAGAACAAACAGAUAUAUUUGCCAAAAUUUUGAGCGAUACAGUGUGCGUAUGUCCAAAUUGUAAUAUAGAUUUAAUGAUAUUAUUAGUUAGUAAUCCACAAAACUGUGAUUAUAAUUUUCAAAUAUCUUUAGCAAUCGUUGAUAAUUUCGACAAAAUGAAUUCUAUGAAAGAAGACAAUUUACAAAACUUUGAAAAACCUGUAACACUUAAUAUUAAACAAGACAAUGCACAUAUGAACGAACAAAGUAUUGAAAUCAAAAAUAAUAAACGUAAGAGUAGUACGUUGAUGUACAAUGUGUUUGAUAAAGAAAAUUCUUUAAAUGGAAAACAGAAAGAUGUUAAAAAAAAGUUGAAGACAAAUAUAACAUGUAAAGAAAUAGUAAAUCCUGUUAAAUUAGAAAUAAGUAACGAACAGUAUCCUGAAUUUGUAAAUAGUCAAGAUACGAGUACAUUAGUAAAGUUAGAAUCUAAUGAUAAUAUUCCAUGGUUCAAUGGUGAAGAUGAUUACAACUGGAGUAUUGAUCAACAACAUGAAAAAAUCCUUAAUAACGAGAAUACCAUAAUGGAAGACAACGAUGAUACAAAAUCUUCUUCAAAAAUUGUAUGCAAUUUGUGCGGUGCACAAUAUUUGUCUCAAUUGAAAUAUAAAUUUCAUAUGGAAAGACAUGAAUUCAAUAGUAUGGAUAAAUUUAUAUGUAUCGUUUGUAAAAAAGAAACGUCUAAUGAAAAUUUAUUAUGGGAUCAUUAUUAUUAUACGCAUACAAAUUCGUUACGUUUUAUUUGCUUAGAAUGUAAUGAAUUAUUUGUCAAAUAUACCAAAAUCAAGGAACAUCAAAAGAAAUACAAACAUUUGAAUUAUCAAGAAAUUCAAGUAGAUAUUAUUAAUAACGAAUUAAAUAUUGAUAAUACGCGAGAAGAAUCGUUUGUACAAACUCAAGGAAAAAAAACAUCAACUAAUUGUAAUCUAUGUGGAAAAUUAAUUCACGAUUUAGAUCCGGAUGCUAUUAAUGAUUUAGUAACUUGUUCUAAUUGCGAAGAUUCGACUCUGUCUUUAGUUGUUGAUGGAAAUCAAGCUAAAGUAAUAUCACCUCGUCAAUAUCAUUGUUCCAAAUGUCCCAAACACUUUGUACGCAAAGAGAGAUUAGAAUUUCAUGAAAUGAGACACAAUGAAAAUAUGAAAGAAUUUAUUUGCAGUACUUGCGGUAAAGAAUUUAGCGCGGAAAAUUCAUUAUACGAACAUUAUCUAUUUGUACAUAAAGGUGUUAGACCUUAUAUAUGUGAAUUAUGUGGUAAAUCAUUUCAAUUAAAAGCACGUUUACGAGAACAUCAUCGUAAACAUACAGGUGAAAAACCAUUUCAAUGUGACGUAUGCGAACAAAAAUGUACGACUAAAAAUUCAUUGAGAUUUCAUAGGAAAAUUCACUUUUCUCAUAAUCGUUAUACAUGUAACAUAUGUAAUAAAUCGUUUAGAAAGAAACAAAAUAUGAAUGAACAUUUGGAGAAACAUUGGAAACACGAUAAAAAUAUCUCAUUACCAAAAGUAUUUACUUGUCCGAUAUGCGCGGAAAGUUUUCCAACUUAUCGAAUGUUGAAAUUUCAUAUGAUAGAAAGUCAUCAAAUUAGCGAUCAAGAUCCAAUUUUAAUCAAACAAAAACCAUUGUACGAAUGUGAGGAAUGUAAUGAAAAGUUUAAACAUCAAAUGUCGUUAAAGGCACACAAGGAACGAAUACACGAGGGUAAAGUUGAUCCAGUUUAUCAAUGUGAUAUUUGUAACAUGUCUUACAGAGUUAAACAACUUUUAAUAAAUCAUAUUAGAAGUAAGCACAAUGGUGAAAAAAGAUAUAAAUGUGCACAAUGUGAGAAAGGUUUUAAUGAUACUAAAUCAUUGUACAAUCAUGUUCUUUUACAUACCGGUAAAAAACCAUUUCUAUGUAAAUACUGUAAAAUGAAAUUUAGACGUAAAGAUUCGAGAGAUCAUCAUCAAAGAAAGCACACUGGUGAAUUACCUUAUCAAUGUCAGGAUUGUGGAGAACAUUUUGCUACGUAUAAUUAUCGAUCAAAGCAUCGUAAACGGCAUCACGGCAAAGGUGGUGAUUUGGAAUGUCCCGAAUGUGGAGACAAAUGUCACAAUCAACAACAAAUAAGAAUUCAUUUGAACAAUCAUUUAGGUGAAAAAUUAAAACUAUUGGAAAAUGUUUCAUGA